CGGCUGCGGCUUCAGGAUUUUAACCAGGUUCUGCCCCUCGGUGUUCCUGUACCUGGUGUCCGUGGUGCCACCCAUCUGGCUCAUGGAAUUAGGACUCCAUGACCGCCGGGCCAACCCACCCAGCCCCUCACAGGCUGAAGAAGACGACAAGAGUGAGGAGUGGGUGCGGGUGCUGGAGCAAGUCAUGCUGGUGAUGCUACUGGUGGGCCGCUGGCUACUGCCAAAAGGCAAGCUGACACGAGAGCAGCUUUCCCAACUCCUGCUGGCAUACAUGGCAAUGGCUGCUGAUGCUAUUGAGCUAUUUGAGUGCUUAAAGGAGGAUGUAGUCACCAGGAAGAAGGAGCUGGUAUAUGCAACACUGGCCAUCUGGUCGUGGUCGCUGCUUCAGUUCACCCUCGUGCUGAGCGCCACCCACGCCCCCAAGCAACGGCCAUCCAUCAACUACCCUCCACCGCAGGAGGUCAUCAUCCUGGAUAGGGACCUCCUGAGGGACCAUCAGGGCAGGCGUGGUACUAAGACCACCUGCACCUACAAUAUGAACAUGUACCUGGACAUGGACAUUGUGGCAAUCCUUACCACCAUCUUCAUGCAGGACGGACCCUUCGUCCUUCUCAGAAUGACUCUUAUCUUUGGCUACAAGGUUGUCAGUCACCUCAACAUAUUCUUCACCUGCAAGAACACCCUGGUUUUAUCCCUUCAGCUCUACCGCCUCUUUGUUCUCUGCUCCCGGAAACGCGUCCUCAACAAGAGAAGGAAGGAACUACUCAGUGAGCUGAAUUCCCCCACAGAAGGGAGUGAAGAGGAGGAGGAAAAGGAAGAGGAGGCAGUAGAGGAGAAUUUCCAAGUUAAAAACACAAACCACCUUCUGCCACCACCAUCACCUCCACCACCAUCACCUCCACCACCACCACCUCCACCACCUCUACUACUGGAACCUCUGAUAGAUGGCAUUCUGGAGGAAUCCCUGCUGGAAAUAAUAGAACAAGUAGGAGAGGAAAAUAUUGUAAAAGAACUUGAAAAUCUAGUGUCACUAAAUGCAGAAAAAGUAAAACCGAUGAAUUCUGCUUCUGACCCAAGGGAUGCCAGAGAGCGAAGGUUACUGCAGAUGCAAAGAACUGCAGAGUUUGAACAAAGCAUGGAGGAUAAUCUCUUUCUGCCAGACCCAGGAUUUCAAAACACCCCAGGUUUUCCAGCCUUCCCUGGCAGGAGUUCAAAAAAGUUAUUGAACAGGGUCCAGCAGGAGACUGUAGCACGAGCAGAAGACCUACCAAGCUGCUGUGAGGUCAGUGACUGCCCCAGCUUCAGUGACACAGACCAGGGCAAUGACAAAUUCUUUGAUCAGCAAGGUGUUAGUGCAUCCUCCACUAGCCUUGCUGAGCCCUUCUCCAAUGAGCCACCACGGUCACGCUGGCCUCUUCUGCGGGAACAGUACCUGCCCCACCACCAGCAGGGCCAGAAAGGCGCCUCUGUCCCCUCUGGACUAUACAGGGACCCCAGGAGAAAGAUCUCUCAGAUAUGUGCCAAUCCACCCUUCCAACACCACCCCUCCUUCAGCCCCGAGCCUCAUCGUCGCAUGAAGCGGAGGCCAGACUCCAGAUGUAAGAAUGGCAGCACAAGGAGUCUGCAUCUGGGCCAAGUGAUGCCUCCAGCCUGGGACUCUUCCCUCCACCGCCACAGCUCCUUCAUCCAGCCCUCUAGGUACACAGGCAUCUCGGAGUCUGAUGCCGACACAAUGGAGACCAAUGUGUAGCUGUGGAUAGCUGUCUUCCAGGUAGAAAUUGAUACUGAUGUUCAUUUUGCAUCUGCCUAGAUAUAGUUCUGAUAUCCUGUGCCUUCACCCUUUGAGGGGGUGAGUAGAUACAGCAGGACAAAUCAAAUAUACACUUCACCCCAAGCCCAGGGGUAAAUAAAAAAAAAGUACCAGAGUAAUCUUUAAGGAAAUGAUGGGAAGUAUUUAAUAGCAGCAAACCCUGUAUUCAAGUAUGUUAAAUGUCCUUUUUUUUCUCAUUUGCCCUCAAAGGCCCUGUGGGGUGCUUUUACUUGUUGACUACACUUAGUUCCUUUACUUCCAUAAGUCUGACGCCAGUUCUCCAUAGGUAUUAUGCCAGGGUGUGCCACGGGGAGUAGGGCUACAAACAUUGUUAAAUACAGGAUGGCGACCAAAACUCCAUCCAUUAACUAAUUCCACGGAGAUUUUAGUCAUGAAAAUCUAAUAGUUUCCCAUUGUUUUUGCCCUAAGCUUCAAGAGUAUGUAUGUUCUUGUUCUUCCUUCGAGUCAGGUGUCUGGCUAUGAAAAUAAGCUUUUGAAAUAUUUUCUGGUAUAUAUGAUUGAAAGAGGACGAUGUA